ACGAAACUGAGGCGCAACAGUAUGCCAAAGUGAUUGAACGAGCUUCGUAGUCGGCGAAAGUCAACAUGAUGGAUAUUGUGGAAAGUGCCUACGUCCUGGUAACAAGCCCCAGCCCCACCAAGGAAGGCUACAACUAUCUACCCUACCAUGGUGCCAUACUGCCAGUUAUACUCAUCGAAAUCGCAUAUGUUUCGUUUGUGUUCAGAAUAGGACCAUGGUUUAUGAAGAAUCGGGAACCCUACAAGUUGACGGGCGUUUUGCGUUACUACAACAUAAUGCAGAUACUUUUCAACGCUGUCAUGGCGGUUUGUGGCAUUUAUGUGUACUUCUACAAGAAAGCCGUGCCUAUUUCUUGCAUAACGGUGUUGCCUUGGGAACAUCCGCUCAAGUCGAUUGAAAUGGUGGCCAGUUACGCUUAUGUAAUCAACAAGUUUCUCGAUCUUUUCGAUACGAUAUUUUUUGUGCUGCGCAAGAGCUAUAAGCAAGUGACCUUUCUGCAUGUCUAUCAUCACAUCUUGAUGACCAGCAUAUCAUUUAUUUAUAUGCGCAUUAUCGGCACUGGUGGACAUGCGGCCAUCACCGGCAUCAUGAACUCCAUUGUGCAUGUGAUAAUGUACGGCUACUACUUUGUGAGUGCCUCCAGUCCCAAUGUGAAAAACUCGCUGUGGUGGAAAAAGUACAUCACGCAAAUACAAAUUGUACAGUUUGUUUUGGCAUUAAUACACAAUCUGUGGCCACUAGUCGUGGAUACGAGCUGUUCGGUGUCGAAGACAUUCUGUGUGUUCGCUGUGAUACAAGCCGUCAUGAUGAUUUACCUCUUCGGUAGUUUCUAUAAGAAAAGUUAUUUGGAUGCGAAAAAGAAAGUUGAGAAAAGUAAGUGAUCUGGAAGGAUAUUACUACUACAUACAUAUAUAUGUGUACUCGUUAGUUGAGUGCAGUCGAGGCCUUGUAUUUGUAUCUAUCAGUUCGUAAAUUAUGUAUAAUAAGUGAGCAAUUUUAUAAAAUACAUUAACGAAUCAAUUAUUACACAGAAAA